AAUCGCACGUCCCUCAGCUAAUAUAUUCGUCAACUCCAAACCCCAUUUUUUUAAUUCCUCAAAAAACCACAUUAAUUUCCCCCUCCUCCUUCUUCUUCUUCAUCAUAAACUUUUCCGGCAGCCAUUACCUUAAAAAAAACACCAUCCCAUCUGUGGCUACUCCGGCGGCCGCCCUAAUAACAUGGAUGCCACCUUCAACAACAACCGCCACCAAUUCUAUUCCGGUGAUCCCUUCGAUGAUAGCGACGACAAAGCCCUUGAUUCUCCGCCUUCUACUUCCACCGCCGCCGCCAAGAAGGGCAGAAGAGGGAUGAAGAAGAAAGUGGUGUCGGUGAGAAUUAAUGGUGAUACCCCAAGGAAUUCUUCUGGUUCUACUACUCCUCCUCCUGAUUCUUGGGCUUGGAGAAAGUAUGGUCAAAAACCCAUCAAAGGCUCCCCUUAUCCAAGGGCGUAUUAUAGGUGUAGUAGUUCAAAGGGAUGUCCGGCGAGGAAACAAGUAGAGAGGAAUCGGCUUGAUCCAACCAUGUUGGUGAUUUCAUAUUCGUGUGAACAUAAUCACUCCGGUCCGGUUUCUAGAAACAUCAAUAAUCACCACCAAGCCGCCGCCGUGGAGAAACCCGGUUCGCCGGAGAGUGUACCGGUUCAUCCCGAACCGGAACCGGAAGUGGAAGAGAAGUUCGUGGAUAUGGGAGAGGAGUCGUUGAUAACAGGGGACGAGUUCAGUUGGUUCGGGGAAAUGGAAACGACGUCGUCCACUGUUCUCGAAAACUCGAUCUUUUCUGGAUGCUCGAGUGGAUUGGGAGAUUCGCUUUCGAGUGACGUGGCAAUGCUUUUUCCGAUGGGAGAUAAUGACGUGGACGACUCACUGUUUGCGGAUCUCGGGGAGUUGCCGGAGUGUUCAUUGGUGUUCCGGCACGGCGGAGGCCGCGGAUUGGCGGCGGAUGAACAACCGGCUGCCGGGCAGCGGCGGAUCACUCCCUGGUGCGGAACCACCACAUGAGCUGCGGCUUCUCCAUCGUCCGCCAUUGAU